AUGUCAGAUGACUGGUGGAAUGAACUUUUUAAGGAAUGGCCAGCAGCAAGAAAGCUUAAAGAGAAGCCAAUAGCAAAUAUUGACUUGUUGGAAAAAGUGUUUGGAUCAGUUCACAUUAGUGGAGCUGAAGGAUGGGCUGCUCAACAAGGUGAAGACCAUUUGGAUCAGCAAAGCGUAGACCAUCAGGAUCAUGAUGAUGGUGAUGCUGAAGAGACAGAUGCGACAAAUAUGCAAAUUCCUCCUACUCAGGAUGCUCCAGCUGAAUCAAGAUCUGUUGGCCCUUCAUCUUCUAGUAGAUCAAAAGGUAGCAGGAAAAGAUCAAGGGCCGCGCAAGUAGGACAGGCUGUAGCAGAUGUUCUUUCUGACAAGAACAAGAUGAUAAGGAGCCACCCUGAGUUCAGUUGCAACCAGCUUACAGCUAUGGAAGCCUUACACUCGCUGUCUGCUAUCAGGCAUUGGUCUCCUUUGUACAAAGCAACUAUCAACCAUCUCAAGCAGGACCCAACCAAUCGUCAGACCUUCUUGUUCUUUAAAGAUGAUGAGAACAAGGUUCUCUACUUGGAGUUUGCUACUGGUGAAAGCAGAGAUGCUUGA